AUGAAACUGAAAGCUGCCGAAGAGGCCAACAUUCAAUGCGAAUUACUACACUUCCCCUCUACCAUCUCCGAGCCCGAGCUCCUCGAUCAGAUCUACCGCCUGAACAACAACCCUGAGGUCCAUGGCAUCCUGGUUCAGCUGCCUGUCCCUGAGCACAUUGACGAGUACGCUGUGACUUCGGCCGUCGCUGACGAAAAGGAUGUUGACGGCUUUGGCACCACCAACAUCGGCGAGUUGGCCAAGAAGGGCGGUCGGCCCCUCUUCGUGCCUUGCACCCCCAAGGGUGUCAUGGUCCUGCUCCAGCAGACUGGCGUCGACUUGAAAGGCAAGAAUGCCGUGGUCAUUGGCCGGAGUGAUAUUGUCGGAAGCCCCGUCAGCUACCUCCUGCGCCACGCUGACGCGACUGUCACUGUCUGUCACUCUCGGACCGCGAACCUGGAGGAACACGUCAAGGCAGCAGACAUUGUUGUUGCCGCCAUUGGACAACCUGGUUUUGUCAAGGGCGAAUGGCUGAAGAAGGGCGCCGUUGUCAUCGAUGUCGGCACCAAUUACAUUCCCGACGACACGAAGAAGUCUGGCCAGAGGCUAGUUGGCGAUGUCGACUUCGAGUCUGCUUCGCAGGUUGCGUCGCAUAUCACUCCUGUGCCAGGUGGCGUCGGGCCCAUGACCGUUGCCAUGCUCUUAAGAAACGUCGUGGACUCGGCCUCACAAUCCCUCGAGAGACAGAGGCAGCGAAAGAUUGUACCCCUGCCGCUCCAUCUGAAGGAGCCGGUGCCAUCGGACAUUGACGUCUCCAGGGCCCAGACCCCCAAACAGAUCACCCGCCUCGCAAAGGAAGUCGGCAUUGCCUCGCACGAGCUGGAGCCUUAUGGUGCCUACAAGGCCAAGGUGGACCUCGAUCUGCUCAAGAGGCUGGAACACCGUCGCAACGGCAAGUAUGUCGUUGUGACUGGUAUCACCCCAACCCCUCUUGGCGAGGGCAAAUCGACCACCACAAUGGGUCUCGCCCAGGCUCUGGGCGCGCACCUUGGCCGUGUCACUUUCGGAAACGUCCGUCAGCCCAGCCAGGGCCCAACGUUCGGGAUCAAGGGCGGUGCUGCUGGUGGAGGCUACAGUCAGGUCAUUCCGAUGGAUGAAUUCAAUCUGCACCUGACAGGUGAUAUCCAUGCCAUUACAGCAGCGAACAACCUUCUCGCCGCCGCGAUCGAGACUCGUAUCUUCCAUGAGAACACGCAGAAGGAUGGACCUCUGUACCGCCGCCUUGUCCCCGCAAAGAACGGCAAGCGUGUCUUUGCGCCUGUCAUGUUCCGUCGCCUGACGAAGCUUGGUAUCGACAAGACCAACCCUGACGAUCUUACCGAGGAAGAAGUCAGUCGCUUUGCGCGUCUGGAUAUCGACCCUGAGACUAUCACUUGGCGCCGUGUUCUAGAUGUGAAUGAUCGCCACCUUCGUGGAAUCACUGUUGGCACAGCCGCGACGGAGAAGGGUCAGACGCGUGAAACCGGCUUCGAUAUCUCUGUCGCCAGUGAGUGCAUGGCCAUCCUUGCCCUCAGCACGAGCCUGAGCGAUCUUCGGGAAAGACUUGGCCGCAUGGUCGUCGCCAGCUCCAGGAGCGGUGACCCCGUGACUUGCGACGACAUUGGUGCUGGCGGCGCAUUGACGGCUCUCAUGAGGGACGCUAUCAAGCCCAACCUGAUGCAGACCCUGGAAGGCACCCCAGUCUUUGUUCACGCCGGGCCCUUCGCAAACAUCAGCAUCGGCAACAGCUCUGUGCUCGCUGACAAGAUGGCGUUGAAGCUUGUGGGCACAGAAGCGGACGAGGACCCCGCCGAAAAGGCCGGCUUCGUUGUAACUGAGGCAGGUUUCGAUUUCACCAUGGGCGGCGAGCGCUUCUUCAACAUCAAGUGCCGCGCCUCCGGACUGGUGCCCGAUGUCGUCGUCGUCGUCGCCACAGUUCGCGCUCUCAAGGUGCACGGUGGCGGCCCCCCUAUCUCUCCAGGUGCGCCCUUGAACGCUGUGUACAAGGAGGAGAAUGUGGAUAUUCUGCGCGCUGGCUGUGUGAACCUCGCCAAGCACAUCCAGAACGCUCGAGCGUACGGCAUUCCCGUUGUCGUGGCCAUCAACAAAUUCUCCACUGAUACGGAUGCUGAGAUUGCUGUCAUCCGGGAAGAAUCCAUCAAGGCUGGCGCCGAGGAUGCCAUUCUUGCGAACCACUGGGCCGAGGGCGGCAAGGGUGCCGUCGAGCUGGGCAAGGGUGUUAUCGCGGCGAGUGAGAAGCCCAAAGACUUCAAGCUGCUGUACGAUCUUGACGGCACGGUGCAGGAACGCAUCGAGGCCAUCGGAAAAAAGAUGUACGGUGCUGCGGCGGUCGAGUUCAGCGAGUUGGCGCAGAAGAAGGUCGACCAGUUCACCAAGCAGGGUUUCGGCAACCUUCCCAUUUGCGUGGCCAAAACCCAGUAUUCGCUUUCUCACGAUCCCGAGCUCAAGGGUGCCCCGACGGGCUUCACAGUGCCCAUCCGCGACGUGCGAAUGGCCGCCGGCGCCGGCUACCUGUAUGCGCUUGCUGCCGACAUCCAGACCAUUCCAGGUCUGCCCACCGCGCCAGGCUACCUGAAUGUGGACGUUGACGUGGAGACUGGUGAGAUCCAGGGUUUGUUCUAA